AUGACCAUGGCCGAGUACUGGAAAUCAACACCGAAAUACUGGUGCAAGUUCUGCUCUACGUUUGUGAAGGACACCAAAUUCGAACGCGCGCAACACGAAGCGACCGGCCGCCACCAAGGCAACAUCCAGCGCAGUCUCAAAGGACUCCAUCGCGAACAAGAAAACGAAAAGCGCAACCAGGCGCGCGCACAAGCAGAGGUCGCACGUCUAAAUGGCCUCGUACCAUCCGCAUCCACGCCUUCCGUCGCAACUGGUGUAGGCGGCAAACCUACAUAUGAGAAGAAACCACAACAGAAGGCGACAGUAGAUGACAGGAAAAGACAAUGGGAGCAGUUAGCAGCCAUGGGCGUGGCGCUUCCUGCGGCCGCAAGAGGCGAUAUGGCGAUAGCAGGUGAAUGGAAGACGGUCAAGGAAGAAGUCGUCGGAGAAGUGACGGAAGAUGGAGAGUUUAAGGCGUCGUCGUUGAACAAGGGCGUACGGAAGAGGCAACUUGACGAGGAUGAGGAGGAACGGGAAGCUGCUGGGGAGCUUAUAACGAAACGGAAGGGCUGGGGACAUACCUACAAGAGUUUCCCAGGCAGCAAGGGCGACGAUGACGAUAUCGAGAGUUUGCUCGGGAAGAAGAAGCUACAAGCCGAAGUGAAGAAAGAAGACCAAGAAGAUGUAGUGAAAGCCGAAGUUGAAGAUGACAGCGGCACGAACACCCUUCAGGAUAUACCCACGGCCGAGGAAGCGGAGGCUAAGGCUGCUGAGACUGUUGUCAAGAAGGAAGAGGACGCGCCAGCUGCUCCGGCUGUGGUCUUCAAGAAGAGGAAGAAGGCGAAAUGA